AGGAGCCGCCGCCGCCCGCGCCCUCCUGCCCCGCGGCUGCCGCCCCGCGUCCCCGGCCCGGCCCGGCCAUGCGGGCCGCCCCCCGCCGCCCCGCGCGGCUCUUCCUCCCGCUCCUGCUGCUGCUGCUGCUGGCCCCGGGCGGCCGCGUCGAGGGCGAAAGCGAAAGCGUCCCGCGCGCCCUGCGGGUGGAGACGCUGGUGGCGCCGCCCGAGGGCUGCAGGGAGCGCGCGGCGCCGGGGGACACGCUGCAGAUCCACUACACGGGCAGCCUGGAGGACGGGCGAGUGGUGGACACCUCGCUGGCCCGGGACCCGCUGCAGCUGGAGUUGGGCAAGCGACAGGUGAUCCCUGGCCUGGAGCAGGGUUUGCUGGACAUGUGCGUGGGGGAGAAGCGGAGGGUGAUUAUCCCCCCCAACCUGGCUUACGGCAAGCGAGGAUCACCCCCUGCCAUCCCAGCGGACGCAGUGCUGCAGUUCGAGGUGGAGCUCCUCGGCCUGUCCCGGGCUGGCUACUGGCAGAGGCUAGUGAGCGACCUGCUGCCCCCGCUGUGCGUGGGGCUGGUGCCCUUGCUGCUGGGGCUGGUGGGCUUCCACCUGUACCGCAAGGCCAGCAGCCCCCGCAUCUCCAAGAAGAAGCUCAAGGAGGAGAAGAGGAACAAGGCCAAAAAGAAAUAAACCUGCCUGUCGGCGCCA